AUGGUUCUAUGCAAGGAUGUGUUGCGACUCGUCGCUUCCCAUAUUAACAUGGAGUCUCUAUCAUCGUUUCGGUUGGUGUGUAGAGAAUGGAAUGCAAGUAUUGAAAACGAGUGGGAAGUGGUUGUAACCAACAACUCAGCUUUAAAUGAUUCCAAUGCGCAAUCAGCCGAAUCGGAAAACAUAUGCAAUGCCUCUCCCCAAAAUUCUACCAAUCUUCAUCUGUAUCGGAAUGAGUUUUGGAUGGAUAAAUUGAAAACUUACUUUUGGAAAUAUUUGGAAUAUUUAAAUCCUGUGCAAGAAGGAGAGCGAGGAUAUAGACAAGCACUGAGCCUAGAACAGAGAUUUAAUGUGUUUGUCCUGAAAGAACGAUAUCGAAUACAAAGACAUGUGAAACGACUGGAAAAUAAGAAGAAAAAACUUGCUUCACAAGGUGAUUUCAUCUUUUCUAUUCGACCAAUCAUCAAAGCUCAAAAAGAACGUGCACUUGGAAGAUUUAAAUACAUGCUUCUUGUGCACAAUGAUGUCUGUAAUUAUUUAUUGAAAUUAGCAUGUGAUGAGAUUGAGAUUUAUAAUGCAUUGGAAGAUAACAUAAUCAAGCUAUUGGAAUGGUUUGUCAAAGACCUCAUCAAGUCUGAAGAUUUACUGAUAAGAUCAUUCAAAGCCAUGAAAAAUAACACUGUUGAUGCCAUCACACUUGACAAAUACAUUACCACACAUCAUGACAAUGUAUCGCACACAUUUUUCGACCAUAUGGAAUGCUUUUCUUUUGAACAGUUUAAGGAACUUGCACAUCACAUUAAAGAGGCUCCCAAAACAGAAUUGAUACGAACGAAGGUGAUUAUACAUUUAUUUAAACAGGUUCUUUUGACAGACGACGUACAAAAUAUUGACAUUCUUGCAGAAAUUCUAGAAAGAAAAUUGGGAAAGCCUCUAUUUCAUCAAACUCUGUUUAACAAUUUCUUAAACUCAUUCGAUGACUCCAGGCAUCCGAUUUCUGUGUUUUGGGACAAACACAAACUUUUACUUUACAUGGAAAAGAAAUUUGAUGUAUCAAUUGGAGCAUCAUAUUUAACACAAAUUCUCUCUUUCAGUGAAGAAAUGAAACCUGACUCUAAUAUUGUAGAAGAAUUAAUUAGAAAACAUUAUCAACAAGAUGUUAAAAAGAUUGAAACAUUCCUUCAUUUCACUCUUGCAAGAUCAUUUCGGAAGAAACGCUUUCUACGGUUGAGACCGAAACCCAAACUAUUUCUAUAUGAGAUUUUGGAAUAUUUAGUCUUGACCUACAACUUAAAUUUAUUCAACUAUGCUCCUUCUGAAACUUAUAUACAUUACGAAUCGAACCUAAUAGAGUAUUUCCUUCAAUGGUCUUUUUCUCAAGAGAACUGGAAUAUGUUGCUGUUCAUUAUGAAAAAGCAAAUCGAGAAGAAUAAUCAUGUCGAUUUGUAUUCUUAUUUUGAGGUUGAAACUGUUGGCUCGAAAAGUGUUGAAAAACUCAAUUUCGCAAGUUUUAAAAAUUCAAAAAGUCUUCAAAGUUUUAUAGUGUUGGCUCGACUUGGAAAAUGCAGGUCGUGUGGUGGACAUGCAGAGAUUGAAUUUUUCGAACAACAAACCAAUCUCAUACCAACUCUUAAAGAAAAAUUUGAAAUGGAAGUGGAAAAGCAAAGACAAUUAAAAGAGGAGAUGCAGAGGUACCGGACAGACUGGAGAUAA